CAGCUGCAAAUCUGAUUGGCCACAAGGCUUCAAAUUAGCUUGCAGUCCACACACUUGUGUGAUCAGCAGCUGCUUCAUCUCUGGUGUGUCUGUUGCUGUUUGUUUCAGGCUUUUAUUUGUUGGUGGAUUUGUGUUUUCAAGCACUUGGAAAGGUUGACAAUGGCAGCAACUCUCCAUAGACCUCCAGGUCAUCAGGGACCUGUUGCAGGAAGUCCAGCCUCUUGCAUCAAUAAUGAGCCGAGCUCCGCACAGCCGGCCCCUGGACCCCACAGCGCUGUCCAUGAGCCGGGAUCACUGUCCCAUCCUCAGCCGCCUGUCUUCGUUCGGCCGUUGGUUUAUGUCCAUGCGCCGCCUCCACCACCCUUUCUCCAGUACCAGUGGCCCAUGUCCUCUUUUUAUAACCCAUUUGGAGGCAUCCCAGGUUAUGGCAUGGUUUUACCCCCUCCGCCGUUCCUUCCUCCCUCUUAUCUAGAGGCUCCACCCUAUGUCCUUCCUCAUCCUCAGAUCCCCCCGGUUGAAUACAGGCGUUUACCUCACCAGCCUGGUCACUCUCACGGGUACCACCAACACCCACACCAGACAUGCAGAACACGUGUGCCUCAAACUGCCCCCGUCAGACAAACCACGAACUCUGAGGUCCAAACAGAACCAACACAAAGGGGUGGGCACGAUGUGGGAUGGCUGCCCCUCGGCUCUGAUUCUGGACGAGGAACUGCCCCAAAUUCUCCAAACUCCUCUAGUGCCAGAUCCCAGAAAGAGGCCUCAGCUGACCUUGAGAACUUUGGGGUAUCUGGCAGUGAAGCAGACGGACCAUCUAAAAACGUCUUCAGCAGUGAUUCCACUGGAGCCAGUGAUGUUCAAACAGGGAUUAAAGGGAUUCAUGAAGUGGAAAAGGACAAUGGUGGUCAAAGCUCUAACCAUGAAUGCAAACAUGAUCUCCCAGAGGACGCAGAGCCUGCCUGCAGCUCCUCUCAGAAAGACGAUGAGGCUUGCGGUGAAAGGCGCACAUCCGUUCCGGACAUUCUGUUGAACUGGGGAGGCAGCACCCCAAAAACGGUCCCAGAAAAAGGGCUGCCUCAGGACUGCAAUCAACCCGAACAAGAGAAGAAUAACUCUACGGAUGCUGAAGCUUGCCCGGCAGUGGUUGACCGCUGUAGCAAUGCUGACGGGAUCCAGAGUUGUAAGGACGGUGAAAUGCUCUCCAAAAUUGUUCGAUUUCCUUUUGUGUUCAUCAACCCCGUGGACGACAAGCUUGAUAACUUGGCCGACUCCAAGAGGCGUUCUCUGAUCUUUGGGGAUGAACUGGAGAGAUCAUCCCAGAAUCUUCCAGACUGUGAACACGAUGACUGCGAUGAGACAUUUGCAGCCAAUGACACAAUGGAGAGCAUUGUCAGUAAACAGAGUUUUAGCAGCUACUGGACAAAGAGGAAAAUGGACGAGUCCAUUUGGUCAGUGGAGUCUCUUGUUCCUUUUAUCCCCAACAAAGAAUGGCUUUUACUGAACGAUGUGUUGGAGUCUGAAGGGAAUGCUCAACUUGCAUCACCUGCACAAAGUGACUGCCGAACUGUUAAAGUUGGAAAGGAAAGCAUGCAAAGUAGUGCGUUAUUUGCUUCCGAUUUUAACCCUGACACGUUUUAUGAUUUUAAAAUUCUUGAUGAUAAGCAAAGCUCUUCAAAGAAGUCAAAAAUUCAAACUGAAUCUCAUGAAAAUGGGCCUGAGUGCACCACAUCCUUGGAGAAGGAGCCUUUAGCUUCCCUUGUGAGCAAAGCGACGUCCAUCUCAGAUGAUGAAAAUGGGUCUUCUGAACAACCAGAAGCUGAGAAAAGGAAUCCAAACCAGGAAUCCUUUCAAGAGAAUGGCCUGCAGGAAGACGGCCUUUGCUCUGCUGAAGGAACAUUGCUUCACAGCUCUGUAGCAGAGGAGGGGACCUCGCCAUCAGGUCAGGCUACUCCUCAAAACGGUGCAGCUUCUGAGGUGGAAGAAGCCGCUGAGGGAUCAGGAGAAAAAAGUCCAGAAGCUGUCCAGUCAAAGGGUCACUUGGUGGAUUGUGGAGUCCAGUGUGACGAUUUCCAGGAUCAAACGUGUGUCUGUGCGGGGCGGAGCAGCAACUUGGAUCAGUCAAAUAAAUCAGGUGAAAUUGAAAAGUUAAAUAAUGGUAACCAUGAAUCAUUCUGCUCGGAAAGGAAUGUACGUAAAAAGCAGAAUGGCCAGAAGAGGAGCAAAACUCAAGAGCAUGGUGGCAAAACGGUAGCCUGCAACGGAAACCAGAAGUCUGGAAAAGCUAAAGAUGGAAAUGGGAGGAGCUUGCAGCACUGAAAACUCAAUAGAGCUUUUUUAACUACUUUGAAAUUAAUUUUAUGUAUUCUAAUAAAUGACUAUUAAUAUAAAAA